GAAACAGAAAUAUUCUGAAAACUAAGCCAGGCAGAAGUGGCUAUAAACCAGAUGGGCAGAGGGACCCAGCAGACACCAGCAAAUCCUGUGGCUCAUCACAUUCCACCAGAAGCUUCCAGAAGAGCCCACAGGGAAAACCCUUCAACAAUACUCCUAAGCAACGCAGGGGACACAAACUUGGGAAACACAACAAGAGACUUACUGAACUAUGGCCCAGAGUGACUUCCUCUACCCACAAAACCCAAGGAGGCGACAGGAAGUGAGCCGCCUUCACCAGCAGUUGCUGGACUGCUUGUCUGACAGCUUCCAGGUCACCAACAAGCUCACAGGGGUUCUGAAUACCCACUUGGGUUGCAGGCUGGCCUUCAUUGAAAUGAAAAGCAAUGGAACCAUCAAAGAAAACUGUGACAUAAUUAUCCAAGCUGUGACAAAAAUCCAAAAGGAACUGCAAAAGGUUGACGAGGCACUGAAAGACAAACUGGAGCCAACCCUUUAUAGGAAGCUUCAGGAUAUUAAGGAAAGGGAGACAGAGAAGAUUGCCAUCGUGCAAAAGGUCAUUUCUGUCAUCCUGGGAGAAGCUACAUCUGCAGCCAGUGCAGUGGCCGUUAAACUGGUGGGCUCAAGUGUCACAACUGGCAUUAUUAACAAGCUGGUCUCUGUGCUAGCUCACAUCGGGACGUCUCUCCUUGGAGGCAUUGGUGUUGCAGUGCUCAGCCUCGGGAUAGAUAUGAUCAUUCAAGCCAUCUUGGGAGCAGUGGAGAGAACACAGCUUCAGGCAGCCAUCAAAAGUUAUGAGAAACAUCUGGAGGACUUCCAGGCUGCCUCAGAGAAGUACCACCAUGCCAUCACUGAGGUCACCACUGCAGUGAAGCACCAGUUCAGAUGACCAGUCAGGUGUCUACACUGGGAUAGUCUGUGCUUCCCUCUCUGGCACCAUGCUUAUCUCUUUAGGUUAAUUCUCCAUGUCUCCAACAAUGUGGAUAACCAUAAACAAUUUGGAAUGCUUGGGUCUUGGGUCAGCAGGGAGUGCCCAAACCAGCUCUACUGGACCAUCAGGGGAUAAAGCUCUCUCCAGUUUUCUUACCCUGUUGUCAGAACCACUGAGGUGUAAAGGCAUCAGAGACCAGCAGGCACAGACCAUUGCUUCCUUGUUCCCAGGCAAUGUCCUCAAACAUUCCUGAUAAAUGGAGAGACCAUUCCCAUUACCUGUUUCAAACAUCACUCAUGUCUAAUAAGUUAUACUUAAUAACAUCAGAAUAGACAUGCACAUGUUGCCUUCAAAUAAAAUAGACAUACUUCUAUUAUUUUACCAUCAGAUUAAAUACAAUUGUCUGCAAACUGGAAAUGAGGGCAAAAUAACACCAACAACUUUUUCUUCAACAAUGAAAGGAAGCAAUACAUUUGUGACCUUCUGCUUAUUACAAAGUGUACCUGGGUGGAUUUGGAAAAGGAUGAGAUAAUAAAACUUGUUUCUGUGAUGCAAUUAA